AUGACAGAUUCCACAACCUCCUUUUUCAUAAACUACAACAGUGCAGGAGCUGAGUUUGUUCAUGCUUUUGUAGAUGGAGUUCUUGUGGCCGAAGUCAGUGAACCUGUCUAUGUUCCGGAUCAGAUUGUUUACUCUUUCUUCCCAGUUAACUGGAUUAGCAACUAUGAGGGUAUCUCCAAGCCAUUACUCACAGUGCAAAUAACUGAGCUUGUCAAUGGCAUAUUUAUUGGUUUUACUGUAAACCAUGUCAUGGCUGAUGGCACAUCCUUUUGGCAUUUCUUCAAUUCUUGGUCUGAAAUGUCUCAAGGUUUUGAUUGUGUAUCUAAGCCACCAGUUCUUCAACGUUGGUAUCUUCGUGAUACAUACUGCCCUAUUCACAUGCCUAUCUCGAUCAGCAAACAUCUUUCCAAUACAUUCAAGCCACCACCUUUGCAACAAAGAGUUUUUCAGUUUACAAAGAGAAGUAUUUUUGAAACUCAAGACGAAAGCCAAUGUUGA